UCGUACGAACGACGUCCCCCCCCCCUUUGGCCCUUGUCAAUGAUAUACUGUCAUUGCUGAAGUGAGGGUAUGAGUUAUUAAAGUGAAAAUUGCUUCGUUUAUGUAUCAUAUUUUCUCAAAAAUUAUGAAAAACUUUGUAGUCAAAGUGAAUUGAGUCCAAUAUUUGCAAGUGAUUUGGGUAGAUUAUUAUCCAGACUUGGAGGGAUACUGCCAGGGGGUUUACAGGUGUUUUUCUCAUGGAUUUUUAUACAUUCCAUCGAGAAAAAUAUGAUCGGAGUGAGUACACUUGGAGUCAGCGGCCUUGCACAUUGUGUAAAGAUGAUGCGAAAAACAGUUCCACCAUUAACUCGUAAAUGACUCCAAGCCCUAAAUGCUCUUAAACUAUAGAUAAUAAAGAAGAUACAAGUGAAGAUGCCGCACGUGACAAGAAAGUGGGAAUUAUUUCCCGGAAGAAAUAGAUUCUGUUGUGACGGUAGAAUAAUGAUGGCACCACAAACUGGCGUAUUCUACAUAACUGUAUGCCUGAUUGCUGGAACGAGUGCAUUAUUUUUUGCAUUUGAUUGUCCAUAUCUCUCGAUACACAUAACACCAGCUAUACCAGUCAUUGGUGGUUUGCUUUUUAUAUUUGUAAUGUCAGCAUUACUCAGAACGAGUUUCAGUGAUCCUGGAGUUAUUCCCAGGGCAACGCCUGAUGAGGCUGCCUACAUAGAGAAACAAAUAGAAGUGCCAAAUAAUGGCAAUUCACCUACUUAUAGACCGCCACCAAGAACAAAAGAGAUCCUUGUCAAAGGGCAAUUAGUUAAAUUGAAGUAUUGCUUUACAUGUAAGAUAUUUAGACCGCCCCGGGCGUCACAUUGCAGUCUCUGCGACAAUUGCGUUGAGGGAUUCGAUCAUCACUGCCCGUGGGUAGGCAACUGCGUGGGUCGGAGAAAUUACAGGUAUUUUUAUGCAUUUAUCGUAUCCCUGGCAUUUCUCUGUGUCUUCAUCUUUGCCUGUGCAAUCACACACCUCAUUAUGCUUACCAGGAAUGAGACUCCAUUUUUGGAGGCUGUCAAGUUGUCUCCGGCAAGUGUAAUCGUCGGGGUAGUCUGUUUUUUCUCGGUCUGGAGUAUUCUAGGUUUAGCCGGCUUCCAUACGUAUCUCACAACGAGCAAUCAAACCACCAAUGAAGAUAUAAAGGGAUCAUUUUCGAGCAAACGAGAGCAAGAGAGUUUCAAUCCUUACAGUCAAGGAAAUAUCUGUGAAAACUGUUUCUAUGUGCUUUGUGGGCCCGCUCCACCUAGUCUCAUCGAUCGAAGAGGUGUAGUAACCCCUGGUUACAGAGCGGAGCAUGAAAGAGUCGGUGAGGACUACGUAAUUGCUAACAACAAAGCCUACGGGACUGUGAAAAUCAUUCAACCACAGGUUAAUGGAAACAGCAUUCCACCGAUGGAUACCGAACUCAGUGGCUCGAUGAACAAUCUCGUAUCAGGACGUCGUUCUCCACGAAUAGAAUCCCUGAACGGCAGUACGACAAAUAGUGUGAGCCACCUCGUCACCAACCAAGUUCCACUGGCCUCAUUUAAAAUACCCCCAAUUGACAUUGAUGAGAUAGCCCCACUGCCUUCGAGGCAAUCUGGAAUCAUGUCCCCGGUGGGCACCAACAAUGCAUCACCAAUGACAGCAGUGACACCACUGUCCGCCUCACGAUUGAGGCUACUCCAAGACACAACUAUGAUUGAAUCUGCCCUAGAUCUAGAUUCACUCGAGGACUCCAGUGUCGGUCGUGGUAGUCAAAUGGGCCUCAUUAAAAUGGGGGUUGUUUAGAACAAAUAAUUGUUAAUUAAGGGAAAAUAUAUUUUUUUCUAGCUAGAGGAAAAUUUUUGAGUUCACAAAUGAUAACUGAAGGGUUCAGUAGCGAAAAAAGUGUGGGAAGCAAUGAGUCGGUACAAUUUAGAUAAUUGUAUUAUUUUUUUAUGGGAAGCUUGUUGAAUGACAUUAUCGAACAAUUAGGCAUAAUUGUGAAGGCACUGUUGUGAUUACGUUCCUUUGUGCCUUGCCAUUAAUUUUAAUUUCACGCUGUCACAAAUUUUCACACCAAUGGGCUACGAUGUUGGUCAGCCAUUGGAGCAGUUUGUUUUUAUUAUUAUUAUUAUUAUUAUUAUUAUUAUUAUUAUUAUUAUUAUUAUUAUUAUUAUUAUUUCACUGUUUUACUUUGAUUGAAAGACAUUUCGAGGAGAGGAUAACACGGAAAACGUACAAAAAAUAAUACAGGAAAACUUCACGAAUUCAUUACAAAAUUCUGUUGAACUUUGAGAUACAAAUGGAGGAUGAAAAAUAUUUUAUUAAACAACAAUCAAUAACAGCCAUCUUUUUUAUCAAAUAACUUUUUUAAUAGAGAUCACCUCAAUUUAAUUUUCUGCAGAAUUCGUUAGAUUUUCCAUUAGAUUUUUCACGCAUGAAAAAAUGAAAUUACGUGCCACUUUAUGGAUUUGGACAGCGUGGAUAAUUUACGGGUGAGUGAAUGUAAAUUGAGGGGUAAAUGACUUUAUUGCAAUCACAUACAUAUGCAUUAAUGUAAUAAUUACGCACAACUGAAUUGAUUUAAUUUGUUACGCUUUAAUUGCUUGAGCCCUUCUAUUUGGGAAAAAUUCAUAGCAUUUUUCCAACAGAGUGACGUGCAAUAGCAGGGGUUCAUUCUUUGACAAAUGGAAUUUGAGUUGAGAGCAAAAUGUUGUGUCGGUUUCGAAGUAUUGAAUGGAGAAAUUUUGAGAAAUUGAUUUUUUUUUUAAUGUCAAUAAUUUUGCAACUGAAAUUACAGAAUUUUUUUUUUUU